UUGGUGGUAAAAUAUACUUCGUCUGCUAAAGUUACAAUCUGUAGAAAUUAUGAAGUUGAGUUAGAUACUAGGUAUGAAAAACAACUGCUUCACCAGCUAUUUAGUUGUGAAACACUUUUUUCGCUUCGUAAUCAUCUUACAACUGUGUAAUAUUGACCUAGUGUGAUCCCAAGCGUUUUAUUUUGUUCUCAACAGUUUGACAAAUGGAGUGAAGAAACCUGGCCUCAGAAAAUGGAGAAUCACCCAUAUAACACUAGAAAAAGAAUGAAAAAACAGUUGAAUGAUCAGAAUGAUGGCAAAGUUGAAGACUUUCUUCAAACAGACAAGAUGAGCCAGGACUUGUUCUGUAACUAUUUAACAUCAUCCCCGGAAACUACACCAUCGCAGAGAGCAGAGCGGGAACAACUAAAAAAACAGAUCACAGACUUUACAUGGGUACAGUGUGACAACAUUGACUGCCAGAAAUGGAGACGUUUACCUGUGAAAGAGUGUGAGGGUCUUAGUCAGAAAGAAUGGUAUUGCUACAUUGGUACUGACCCAAGGUAUAACAGCUGUGAGGCUCCGGAGGAGGACCACCGGGCAUAUGAUAAGCUGGCACGCAAACUUGGGCUCAAUUAUGUAAUGUCUCAGCUGGCCCAGGGCACCAUUGUCUGGGCCAAGAUGAUGGGUUACUGCAGAUGGCCAGCUCUUGUAACAAUGGACCCAGCCUGUGGCCUGUCAUGUGAAUGGGACAUUGACGGGGAGCCUCAGGUCUACCACGUGGAGUAUCUUGGGACAAAGCACAGCCACGGCUGGAUCAGGGCAGACAAAUUGACCCUGUAUGGCCAUAAGGAGGAGGAUAACCCACAAAAGAGGAAAUGCAGAACCAAACAGAUGGUACGGACCAUGGCCGCUAAUAAGAUCCAGAGGAGGAAAUACCAAAAGGUGCCAGUGGACCUGGCCGUUAUGGAGGCAGAUGAGUUAUUUCACUUGAAUGAGGACCAGCGCUUGGCCGUAUGUACAUUUAAGUACAGCAAAAAAGUUGAAGAAAAACAGACAGAAUCUCAGAUCAGAACGACAGAUGGCAGAAAAAGAAGCAAGAAGGACUCCCAGCAGAGCUGCUGUCAGCUUUGUGGAGUGGAUACCCAAAGUCAGAAGAAGCCUGUGAAACGGGGUAGAAAGCUGGCUGCCUCGUUACAUAAGGAUGAUGCUGUAGUGCCCAGCUCUCGGCAGCACAGCAUAGACAACGACACUCUCAGUCAAAGUGACAUAUUCCAGUUCGAAAAUUUAAAAUUCAAAAGUACGCUUGUAGACAAAAGCAAAGAGGAGAAAUUCAAGAUUGAUGUUGAGAUGUAUAAAAAGAAUGAGAAAGCGUUUGAUCAUGAUCUACGGAGAUUUAUGGCUAGAAACAAGGUUGCUGUCAGCAAGACUCCUGUUUGGCAGCGUGUUUCUAUAGGUCUCUUUCAAAUAUUCUUGUCAGUAUUUGAGCGGGGAGGCUACAAGAAGGUGUGUGUAUCAAGAAGCUGGGCAGCAGUGUACAAGGAACUGACAGAGCUCCCUGUUGGCCAAACAUCUGUAGGAGGCCUAGCGAAGAAUUAUUACGAAAGAAAUGUGUACCCGUAUGAGUUGUAUAUUACUGGAGGAGACUACCAAGCUGCUCUGAACAAUAUGGGAAACAAGAAGAAUAAGAAACUUACUAAAGUCGAUGUGGCUGCCUCGACAAUGUCCGAUGUUCCUGAGAGUGACAAACCUUCAACUGAUCACUCUGGGACUGAAGAUGAUAAUGGGGAGAUAGAGCUUGAGAAAUUGCUUGAGGAGGAGCAGGAGGAUGUGGACUUGGAGGCCAUGUUAACCCAACUAGAGGCUUACAGCAAGAUGUGUCAGCUAGAGGAUGAUCAAUACUUGGUUUGCCUAGAUGUAGAUGCAGCACAGAAGCGGCUUGGGAUUGACAUCACUUUCCAUGACGAUUCCUCAGGUAGCAUCUUCUCCCCGGGGGUCAAACUGGCAGACACUGCCUCAGAGUUUGGCCCGUCCUAUCUCCCAGAUGAAGGUGCCCAGAUGGUGCCUAGUGUAGAUAUGGACAGUAACAUUGACAACCCCAGUCAGAGUGACCAGAUACUACAGCAACUCCUAGUUCUAGAUGAUGAGUUCCUACAAUUGGAACAUGAAAUGGCCAGUUAUCUCUGAUGUAUCCAAAGUGCUUAUUUUUUAUCUCUAGUUACAUUACAAUAUUUGUCUUUUCUUCCACUAAUGUAUUGGAGCUUUGGACCAGCUACACAACAGGAAUAGUUCAUAAAAUCUACAGAUUUGAUAGUGUUCAUGGCAAGUCGUCUUAUUUUGGAGGGAACUUCAAAUUUUAUUUCUCAUCACUGGAAUUCUGUACAUAAUGAACAGCUGAAACUAUUGCAUUUACGCCAUUAGUCAAAUAGGGGUCAUCCUAAGAACUUACAGUUUAGUCCUUUCACCCCUAUGUAACUUCAGUAAACUCUUCCAUGCAUUGAUUUGAAUGAGUCCAUUAUGGUCUAAAGUGGUGAAAGGGUUAGACAGUUUUAGAUCCUGCCACAUGGCUUCUUCUCAAUCAAAUACAUGAAAUGUUGGCAGGUUACAUGUUGUACAUUAUGUUACAAGAAGUAUUAAUGUAAAUGCAUUGAUUUUCGAAGUGCUGUUUUUUGAUUUUGUUUUUGUCUCAGAAUUAACUAUUCCUUGUAAAAUAUGAGAUAUCUAUGUUGACUUAAAAUGUUUAUUGAUGUCGUACAAAUAAACGUCUUAAUUGCCUCAGUGUUCAGGGAACUUAUUGUUUAGUUUUUAAUAAUGCUUGGCAAUUAAUAUUUUACAUUGUUCAGUAUUAUUUCAUUCAAUUAGUUAACUGUAAUGACAAAUGAUUUAUCUGUUCAGUAUUAUUUCUUUUGUUUACUCACGGAAUUAGACUUUGCUAUCAAAGUCUGUGUUUUACUGAAGUGACUGGCAAAAUUAUUUUUAUUUCAUUGUUCAGUAAGAAAUUUCUUUAGCUUUUUCACCACAUGUAUCAUUACUUAUUUCUUGACAAAACUUUUGAUUUACGUGUAGAUGCACCUAUUACAUAUCAUCAGAUGAUAAAGUUGUGUAAAUCUUGUUUUGUGUCACCUUUUACAUGAUGAGAUUUGUGCCAAAAUAAAACU